CGGGGAGCUUCUUUCUGGAACUGCUCGAUCAAAAUCUCUUCAUUGCUUCUCACAUCCGUCUAUCCUUGCUAUCCUCUCACCAGCUUCCCACUCCUGUCUCGAGACAUUGCCCAUCCUUUGACCGCUUCAUGGCCUACUCAUCAUCGUCGAUUACCUGUCUCUUCUCACGUUAUUUGAACACCUGAGACCGGUCGCUGGUCUCGACAGCAUUCGCUCCAUGCAGUCGCGCAGCACGCCUUUCGUAGAAUCCUCACACCACUCCGCCCUUCCAGCAAUGUCCGGCCACGACAUGUCGCUCAACGUGCGCGUUUCCCUCCUCACCGCGCAGAUUCUCGAAUACUGGACAUCAUGCCAAUUGAAGCUGGCGAAAUCAAAGUCGAAAAAGGGCUCGGUGCCACUCGCAUACGUACCAUCAGUCUCCGGAGAUGUGCAGACAGAACCGCGGAGGUUGUCGAAGUCCACCUCGCCGAAGCGUCGCAAGUCAUCACUGCAAUCGCUCCAGUCAAGUCUGCAGGACAAGGCGGCAGCCACAUGUCUAGUGCAGAACUUCAGCGUCCUAUCCCAAAGGUGUGCAAUCUCCUACGCAUCAGCUUCCCAGGCAUGCCCGAGGCCCCAAUGGCGGCCGAGCCCAAAGGCAUCGACUGUUUCUCUUGCAACAACAAACCCAGCAUCGCCCAUCCGCUCCAUCGUGUCGUUCGACUGAACCCAGAGAACGGUGCUGACUGGCGACUAGUCACGACGCCCCUCAAUGGAUGCCUGAUGAGACGCCAGAAUGGGCAAAGCAUGGAGAAGACUCCCCGAGGUGUUCUUUCGACUCUCAUCACAGCGUGACGAGUCAAGUCGAUUUUGCGAUCGAAAAGCCCAAGGAUUAUAUCAAUCUGAGCGAUCUGAUGAGCCAUACAACGACACUUGUGAGCUCGAGCUCAUGUCGGCAUGUGGGCAGUCCUGGCUCAAGCUCGAGAGGGUCAAGCGUUUCCACGCCGUC